CCCUCCAUCUUCCCCAUACCAGCGGCAUUACCUCUUCAUAAACUUGUCGCAAGGCUCAAGGCUCGCUGCAGCUCAUCAGGAUUACUGGUAGUCGCUGAUUACUCGCUCGAUAUCGUCGCAUUGACAACAACUACAUCGACAACGCCCACAGACACGGCAUCUCCUCAAUCCUCCAGCACAGCAGCCAUGGCCCGCCCUAGAAUCACCGUCCUCGGCUCCCUCAACAUCGACCUCGUCUCCUACGUCCCCCACCAUCCUCUCCCCGGCGAGACCCUCACCGCCAACCACUUCAACACCUCGCCCGGCGGCAAAGGCGCUAACCAAGCCGUCGCCUGCGGCAAGCUCUCGCGCUCCUCCGACCUCUCCUCCCCCGCCGCCGACGUCUCCAUGAUUGGCGCCGUUGGCUCCGACACAUAUGGCCAGCAGCUCAUCUCCAGCCUGACCUCUUACGGCGUCGACACCUCCGCCGUCGCCGUCCGCCAAGACGGCAAGACGGGCAUCGCCAUCAUCGUCGUCGACGAGCCCAGCGGCCAGAACCGCAUCAUCCUCUCCGCCGAGGCAAACCACACGCUGCUGCCGGAGCACUUCUCUGCCCUGCCCGGCCCGCGCCCAGACCUGCUCAUCAUGCAGCUCGAGAUCCCCUUCGACACCGUCCUGCAGGCCCUCCGCGCCGCAAACGCCUCCAACAUCCCCGUCCUCCUCAAUCCCGCGCCCGCAAAGACCCUUCCCGACGAAGCCUACAUCAACCUUGCCCACCUGGUCGUCAACGAGACCGAAGCAGCGAUCCUUUCGGCAUGUCAAGAGUCCGACCUCGACGAAGUCUCUGGUCUUGAGCGUGUCAGCGCAAUCUUCAUCCAGCGCGGCGUCAGCAACGUCAUCAUCACCCUCGGUGGCCGGGGCGUCUACUAUGCCACCAAGGACGGCAAGUCAGCGCUGGUGCCUGCCCUCAAGGCCAAUGUCGUGGACACCACCGCCGCGGGCGAUACUUUUGUCGGAUCUUAUGCGCUGGCCGUCGUGAGCGCCGGAACAGGCGUCUUCGAUAUCGACACCGCUAUCAAGGCUGCUAACCGGGCCGCAGCCAUCACUGUAUCUCGCAAGGGCGCCCAGAUUUCCAUUCCGUGGAAAGACGAGCUGAACUAAGUAGUCAUAUAAAAGAAGAAAAAAAGAAGAAAAAAACAGAGAAAUGAAUAGAUAAUUCAACAACAAGUUAAGCUUGA